CUACCUAUGCAAUAAAUUAUCAUUAUAUAAUAAUAACUGGGAGGUUGGUCAAAAGGGUAAUACUUUUGAUUCCUAAAAGAAGAUCAAGAUUACAGAAUUAUCUAUAGCAUAAUUACUAACCCUAUUGCAUAAGUUUUUCUAAUUUACGUUAAUAACGAAACAUUACCUAAUAAUAAAAAUACACAUUUUCUUCUUUAAAAGUUUACAAUAUCCCUUAUGGGACGUAAAUCAGCUAGAGUUAAGUAUUUAACUAUGCACCUAUAACAAAUUGACCGAAAUUAAUUUUUUUUCUCUAAGUCUAAAAUACAAACAUCGUGCCACCCAAUUAGUAAAAUGACUGAAGAAUAUACAAAUUAUUUAGAAAAAACUGGUGUUAUUGCUAAGCUAACUGAUGUUUUAAAGCUAUUGUACGAAAUGGAUGAAAAACCAGUUGAUCCUCUCGAAUUUAUACGUACGAAUAUGACUGAAGUUAUCCCAGAAAAAGAAGAGUUAAAAAUGUUGCAAGGAGAAUAUGAUACUGUUAUGCAAGAGAUUGCCGUACUUCAACAAGAAAUCAUGAAUAUGACAAACAAGCUAAACGAAUUAGAUACAAAUGAAAGUGAUAAUACCGUAUAAAUGAAUCUCAAAGAAAAUACUGUUAUUGACGUGACCAAUGAUAUGGAAAUGCAAGGAAAUGUUGAAAAAAAUAAUGAAAAAUAG